AUGGCCGAACUCACAACAGACCAAGUCAGAUCUCUUGAUCUGACCAGGCAGAGAUUGCUAGCCCUUCAUCAAUCGCUUGUCUCGCUCAGAGACAGCCUGGGAAACGCGAAUCCAAUCCCUUCCUUGCCAGAGUUGCAAACUCAUGCACAACUCAUAUCCAAUAAUCUCCAGACCAUCACCUCGCAGCUGGGAGAGGCUGGCGAACUGUUUCGAUCCACUGUCGCCUUCCCCACGCCACAAUUUCCCGGCGUGAAAAGCCAGAAUAUCUUGGAUGCAUUACUGAGGAGUAAAUUUGAGCCGAACAUAGAGGACUGGGUCAAGGAAGGAGAAGACAUUGCUGCUCGACAGCGAAAGACUACGUCUCGUGGACUCUCAGAAAGUGAGCGUAACGAUUUGUGGCAGUGGGCUCCUGGUGCAGCAAACUCAGCUGCAAGAAAACAGACUUGGGGUGGAGACUACACGCGGGCUGAAAUGCAAGGAGGCAUUGAGAAUGUAGUGACUGGUCUACGAAGGCAGCUGGUUGAACCCCCAGAGGGCGAGGACGAGGAGGAAGCCGACGAUGACGACGAUGAGUAUGAGGUAACCGAUGAGGAGGGAGAAGAGGGAGCCGAGAUGGACAUCGAGAAGCAGCAACCGAAGCCCGAAUCCAAAUCGAUUCCAGAAACUCAGACAGCUCCGCCUACACCUGGUCUGAUGCCUCUCGCGAGUAUUCACAAAUUCAUGACGACGGGACGAUGA